GAUCGUUUGUGCGAUCGUUAUUUUGAUCGUCUCACGAAAUUUGAUUUGUGCAGUUGUCAGUUUUCACUUCAUUACUGUUUCGAAAGUGAAAAGCAGGCACGACGAAUGAUACAAAAUGCUGUUGAACGAUUGAGACCUGGUGGUUAUUUUAUUGGCACGUUGCCAGAUGCCGAAAGGAUCACGCACUGCAUCAGAAAUAGCGAAAAUGGAGUUUUUGCAAAUGGUAUUGUGCAGCUGGAAUAUGAAGAUGCGGAAAAUCUGAAAAAUUCUGAUUAUCGCCUUCCUAUUUUUGGUGCAUCAUAUCACUUUUCAUUAGAUACACAGGUAUGGGAUUUUUUGAACAAAUUCAGUGGUUAUGUUUGUCAUUAUCCAGAUGGGCAGGGCGUGCCGGCAGAUAGCGGGGGGGGG